CGUCGGCGUUUUAGCCAGACGGGCUAGCAAUGACGGACUGGAUUACUCCUGCCGGGGUCGGGAUUGUGAGCCACCAGACAUGAUUUUAUGGAGACCGCCCUACAAGACUUGAGCUGAUUUGUCAGCCUUGUGUAGGUUUUGGUUUUCGCCCCCCAAGUGUCCUCUGGAUAUCAGCUGACCAUGGUGGUCUGAACAGGUGAAAAGCCUGGCUCAGCGUGUGUUCACUCUUAACACAGCGAGGCUCGACCAAGAGAGCAGCAGAGACGGACCGGAGCCACGAGAGAGAGAGAGAGAGAGAAAGAGAGAGAGAAAGCAUCUUUUAAACGCAACAUGUCUCAAAACAGAGAACUGGUGGUCUUCUACAUCAACUAUAAACUCUCCGAGAGGAACUAUCCUCUCAACCACAUGGGACUCACAGAGCCUCCGAACAGGACUGACGGGGGGGCGGCAGGGUCGGGUGAGGAGCAGCGGGUAGCAACACACGCCAACGGGACUUUCAAUGGCACGAGUCCGGGGACCCCGCCUGCGUCCCCGCUGCAACAGCAGAGGUUGCCGUCGACGACGAGCCUGGACGCGGUGAAGGAGGCCCUCCGGGACUCGGCCAACGAGUUCGAGCUGCGAUACGCCCGGGCCUUCAGCGAUCUGCACAACCAGCUGCACAUCACGCCGGCCACGGCUUACCAAAGCUUCGAGAACGUGAUGGACGAGGUGUUCCGGGACGGGGUCAACUGGGGCCGCAUCGUGGGCCUUUUCGCCUUCGGAGGGGCGCUGUGCGUGGAGUGCGUGGAGAAGGAGAUGAGUCCGCUGGUGGGCAGGAUCAUCGAGUGGAUGACGGUCUACCUGGACAACCACAUUCAGCCCUGGAUCCAGACCCAGGGAGGAUGGGAGCGCUUCGCCGAGAUCUUCGGGCAGGACGCGGCGGCGGAGAGCAGGAGGUCUCAGGAGAGCUUCAAGAAGUGGCUGCUGGCGGGGGUGACGCUGGUGACCGGCGUGGUGGUGGGCUCGCUCAUCGCCCAGAAGCGGCUGUGAGAGGGGACGAUGCUCCACCCCCUCCUCCUCCUCCUCCCC